AGAUUUACACAACCAUAUAGGAUCAAUUUCCUUCCUUUUUGUUUUGCUUAUCAACCUUGUGAAGAAAACGAAAUCAUGAGCCAACGACAGCCGCAGAGGCCUCUUGCUGACCAGGUUUCUGAGAGAGAACCGGUCAAAUAUGGUGAUGUUUUCAACGUGUCCGGCGAAUUAGCCUCCAAACCAAUUGCGCCCAGGGAUGCAGCCGCCAUGCAAGCUGCUGAGAACGCAGCUCUAGGAAAGACUCAGAGAGGUGGUCCAGCAGCCGUCAUGCAGUCAGCGGCUAACAUCAACGAGCAAGCCGGUGUUGUUAGCCACAACCAAGCCACAGACGUUGCAAGAAACCAAGGAGUCUCUGUUUCUGAGGUGGACGUUGGCGGCAACCGCUUUGUAAGAGAAGACGUUGGUGGACAGGUUGUGGGUGAAUAUGUUGAGCCCCAUAUGACGACCAGGUCAACAGGAGCGGUUCUUGACCGCAAUGCGAUCACAAUCGGUGAAGUCCUGGAGGCCACCGCUCUUUCCAUCGGAGACAAACCGGUGGAUCAGAGUGACGCUGCUGCGAUUCAAGCCGCGGAGGUGAGAGCCACUGGGAAUAACGAAAUCCUCCCAGGCGGUGUAGGUGCGACAGCUCAGACCGCUGCUACUCAUAACACUCGCACCAUGUCCGAUGGCGACAAGACCAGAGUCUCUGAUGUUUUAGCGGAUGCAACUACAAAGCUGCCAUCGGACAAAGCUGUGACAAGAGAAGAUGCCGAAGGCGUAAUUGGAGCGGAGAUUAGGAACAACACUAAUAUGAGUACUACUCCCGGUGGAGUUGCGGCGUCAAUGGCUGCAGCUGCGAGGAUUAACCAGAACAUAUGAAUUCAUUUAAUCAUAUAAUUACAUGCAUGGUUUUCGACUGCUUUGUGUAGGUUUUUCGCUUUGGGUAUUUGCUUUUGGCUUUAUAUAUAUAUAUAUAUAUAUAUAUAGAUACACACUCAUAUGUACGAAACCGAAAUGGAGCUUAUCAACUAGGUAGUACUUGUGCUUCGUAGCCUUCUGCUUUUUCCGUGGAUGUGUAAUAUGUUAAAACAUGGUUUAUGUUAAUGAGAAAGAGUUCCGAUUUUCACCAUGAA